GCUUGUAUUUAGUUCAGUGGCUCAGCUGCAGUGUGUGAGGAUGCUACCAAGCCCUGCUUGGGGCAGGGCAUCUCCAGUGUCUCCCUUGCUGGAAGUGUGGGGUGGAAAUGUGUGGCCCAGGCUGCUGGUGGGAGUGGAGGGUCCCAGCCCCCUCAGUGGCUGGCAGGGGAUGGUUCUGGGCAGCUGUGACCUGACCCUGCUCUGUGCUGACCCCCAAGAGCACGUGAGGGUUCCAGCACCUCUCUCAACUCUGCCAAGAUGCCAGUCAGGAAGCACAGCCAGCACAGGAAGUUGUUCAAGAACAAGGGCAAGGAUGAAACUACCCUGCGGAGGCAGAGGGUGGAGGUGAGCGUUGAGCUGAGAAAGGCCAAGAAGGACGAGCAGAUCCUGAAGCGCAGAAACAUUUCCAUUAAUGUGAAGGAGGAGAAUCCCUCUCUGGGACAAGACAGAGCAGCUGAGGUGAUUAUUCAGCCCUCCUUGGAGGAGAUCCUGCAAGCUGUGAAUGGGGAAGACACCCAGCUGCAGCUGCUUGCCACCCAGGCCACCAGGAGACUUCUGUCCAAGCACAAGGACCCCCCCAUCAAUCAGAUCAUCGAGCUGGGGAUCAUCCCCAGGAUGGUGGAAUUCCUGGGCCGUGCUGACAAUGCUGCCCUGCAGUUUGAGGCAGCCUGGGCACUGACCAACAUUGCCUCUGGCACCUCGGAGCACACCAGGGCUGUGGUGGAGGGAGGGGCCAUCCCAGCCUUCAUCUCCCUGCUGUCCUCCCCACACAUGCACAUCAGCGAGCAGGCUGUGUGGGCCCUGGGCAACAUUGCAGGGGAUGGCCCUAUCUACAGGGAUGCUCUUAUUGCUCGUGAUGUGAUUCCUCCCUUGCUGGCUCUGGUGUCACCUGCAACUCCAAUUGGGUUCCUGAGGAACAUCACCUGGACACUGUCAAACCUGUGCAGGAACAAGAACCCCUGCCCUCCCUUGGAUGCUGUGCAGAAGAUUCUGCCAGUCCUUGUCAUCCUCCUGCAGCACGAGGACAAGGAUGUCAUCUCUGACUCCUGCUGGGCUGUUUCCUACCUGACUGAUGGCUGCAAUGAUCGCAUCCAAGUUGUGGUGGAGACAGGGAUUCUCCCAAGGCUUGUGGAACUCAUGGACAGCCCAGAUUUGAUUGUUAUGACUCCAGCUCUCCGUGCCAUAGGGAAUGUGGUCACAGGCACAGACCAGCAGACCCAGGAAGCCAUUGAUGCUGGUGUCCUGACUGUCCUGCCCCGGCUGCUGAGGCACAGCAAGCCAGUGAUCCAGAAGGAAGCAGCAUGGACUCUCAGCAACAUUGCAGCAGGGCCUUCCCACCAGGUCCAACAGAUCAUCACCUGUGGGCUAUUGCCACCUUUGGUGGAGGUGCUCGACAAGGGUGAUUUCAAGGCUCAGAAGGAGGCUGUGUGGGUAGUGGCCAACUUCACAACUGGAGCAACAGUGGAUCAGGUGGUGGAGCUUGUCCGUUCCGGGGUCCUCAAACCUCUGCUCAACCUGCUUUUGGUCAAAGACAGCAAAACCAUCCUGAUCAUCCUGGACACCAUUUCAAAUCUCUUCCUGGCAGCUGAGAAGCUGGGGGAGACAGAGAAGUUGUGCCUGCUGGUGGAAGAACUCGAUGGUCUGGAGAAAAUUGAGGACUUGCAGAACCAUGAGAAUGACAUGGUCUACAGAGCUGCCCUGGACAUCAUAGAGAAAUACUUUGCUGGUGAGGAGAAUAUAAGCCUGGAGCCCCAGACUGGCCAAGAUGGGCUCUAUGAUUUCUCAGUAGAGCAGCAAGACUUCCACUUCUGAAGACGAAGCAUGACACAGCUCUAAACUGGUGGGUGGAGGUACCUUGGAAGAGCUCAGACAUCCAAACCAUGAGGAGCAGAGAUGCUGAGCCUUUUUACUUCUGAAACUUGUCAAUAAAUUGCACUUUUGGCUUUGUA